UUCUCUUAUUCUCUCCCCCUUCAAAACCCUAGCCACACGCCGCUGCACACACACUCACGAAAUGGCAGCCGCCGCUCGCCCUCUCGUCACCGUUCAAACCUUAGAGGGUGAUAUGGCCACCGACGCUAUCCCCACCGUUCCCCUCCCGGAUGUCAUGAAGGCUCCGAUCAGACCUGAUGUUGUGAGCUUUGUUCAUGACAACAUAUCCAAGAACAGCCGCCAGCCCUAUGCCGUGUCUAAACGCGCCGGUCAUCAGACUUCCGCUGAAUCAUGGGGUACUGGUCGUGCUGUGUCCCGUAUUCCCCGUGUUCCGGGUGGUGGUACCCACCGUGCCGGGCAGGGUGCCUUCGGCAACAUGUGUCGUGGUGGUCGCAUGUUCGCCCCGACCAAGAUCUGGCGUAAGUGGCAUGUUAAGAUUCCAGUCAACCAGAAGCGCCACGCCGUUGUGUCAGCUAUUGCUGCUACUGCUGUCACUUCCCUUGUGCUGGCUCGUGGUCAUCGCAUCGAGUCUGUCCCUGAAAUGCCUCUGGUCAUCUCUGACUCUGUGGAGAGUGUUGAGAAGACAUCUGCUGCUAUUAAGGUUUUGAAGUAUAUCGGAGCCUAUCCUGAUGCUGAAAAGGCCAAGGACAGCCAUGCUAUCCGUCCUGGAAAGGGUAAGAUGAGGAACCGCAGGUACAUCUCUCGUAAGGGUCCUCUGAUUGUGUAUGGAACUGAGGGGGCGAAGCUCGUGAAGGCAUUCAGAAACAUUCCAGGUGUUGAGGUCGCCAAUGUUGAGAGGUUGAAUCUGCUGAAGCUGGCUCCUGGUGGGCACCUCGGAAGGUUUGUGAUCUGGACCAAGUCUGCUUUUGAGAAACUGGACUCAAUCUAUGGGUCAUUUGAGAAGACCUCUGAGAAGAAGAAGGGAUACGUUCUGCCCCGUCCUAAGAUGGUCAAUGCUGACCUUGCCAGGAUUAUCAACUCCGAUGAGGUGCAGUCAGUGGUGAGACCAAUCAACAAGGAGAUCAAGAGGGCUCCGCUGAAGAAGAACCCACUGAAGAACUUGAACACCAUGCUGAAAUUGAAUCCUUAUGCCAAGACUGCUAGGAGAAUGGCUCUCUUGGCCGAGGCACAACGUGUCAAGGCUAAGAAUGAGAAGCUUGAGAAGAAAAGAAAGCCCAUUUCAAAGGAGGAGGCAACUGCAAUCAAGGCAGCAGGGAAGGCAUGGUACCAGACUAUGAUCUCUGAUAGUGACUAUGCAGAGUUUGAGAACUUCUCAAAGUGGUUGGGCGUCUCACAGUAAUCUAGUUUGUGCUUCAGUAAUUCUGCCAGUCCCUUUUUUGUUAAUUGGUUUUGCUUGGUUGUUCAGACUUUAUAUUUGUUUUACUAUUUCUGGAGUUAUGGAUGAGAAUGGGUUGGAAGAAUCUGAUCUGAGUCCUAGGCACUUCAACUCGAUUUUCUUCCUCCCAAUUUUUUGUCUCGUUUAUGAGCUAGGUGGAACAAUUUCUUUGCAAAUUAGAACAAGUAAUUUCACAAGCGUACCCUUUCCAAUUACGUUUUAUUUCUGAGUCUGUCUUUUUGUUAAUCUUUUUCAUGAGAUGUGGGACAUGUAGUUUCAUCUGCUAUGGCGCUGCCAUUGCCAUUCAAU